AUGCGCUCAUCCGCGGUUGGAUUUCGAUUGCAACCAGACUGGGAUAAAGCUGAAAGAGACAAGGCAAUUUGGUUCCACGAAUACAGUUCCAUACCACAAGCUGAGCUUAAAAGGAGAGGAAUACGUUGCAGACGAACGCACAUGCAAUUUUUCUUUCGUUUCUCCGUACUAAAACUUUAUUCUGCUCCUCAUGCAGUCACCAGGAUAUUUCAGGCCGCUGAUGUCGAAUUCAGCCUGUGUCAUCCUGUGCACCGGGCACAUUUGUCUUGCAUGGAUAUCGGCCCGGGAGGUGAUCUAGGGCUGUCGUCUUCCAGUGAAAAAUCUGUUUAUCUCUGGGAAACUGGUACUGGCGAAAUACGGCGGAAACUUGAGGGCCACGUCGGUGAGGUCUAUUCCUGUCGUUUCUUCCCCUCUGGCCUCACUGCUCUUACUGCGGGAGCUGAUAUGCAGUUGAAAAUUUGGUGUCUUCUCACUGGCACAUGUGCCGCUACCUUGGCACCAGGCAUUGCCGGAGCGGUUACGGGUACUAGCUCAUUGGGGAAAUCGGAGCCAGGAGGUCACCGGUCUGGCAUACUGGACACUGGGAUCAUUUAUCGCGGUCGCAAUGUCAUUUCCAUAGAUCGUCUGGGGUGGAUGCGUUUAUGGGAUGUUACUACACAGGUAGGUACUAAACCACAUUUCCUAUUUGAAUGCCUGGGAGAUUUACUCUCCGACAUUUGUGUUGGAAGUGGUUGGAAGACUGCGUUACACUGUUUGUUGUUUGUUGUUUUUCCGAAUGCACAUCUCUCACUCUUUCACCUAUUGCUAUCAAAAAUGCUUCAGCUAAAAAUAUCCUCUUUUACCUAG